AUGCUGGACCCGUCAGCGAGCCGGCGGUAUCAGCCGAUGGACUCGUCCACAGUCUACUCCCACUCCCGCACGCGCACGACAUCCUCAAACACAUUCCCUAUUCAGAGCCCGACGCCGAUGCACCUCCAGCAGCAGAAUGCCAUGAACCCUCAGCAACAUACCCGCCGCUCACCGUCAGUAAACACCUUCAGCACCUCCUCGAGCAUUCCUCCACCCGCCGCCUACCGCACCUCGCCCACCACCGAUCUUCGUCGCUCUACCUCCUCUCGCUCCGGCGGCGGCAGCCCCCAGCCGACGGGCUAUGUUGCCCUUCUCCGCAAGCAAAAGGCCACCGUCUGGUGCGACCGCGCCCAAUAUGAGGAUCCUCGCCUCUUGGCCCAGCAGCGCGCCGCCAAGAUGCGAGCUACCCUCGAGGUCAUCGGCGGCCAGCGAACCGCCUCUGGCCUCUCCGCUCCGUCCGGCGGCAGAACGAGUACCGGCAUCAGUGCUACUGGCAAGGUUGCCGCUAAGAUCCGUCACCACGGGAAGCCCGCCGUAGUGGGCUACGCUCCGGGAGAGCACCACGUUGGCGUCGGCGGCGUUCCCAUGCGGCUGAGUGCUACCGAGGUUGAGGGCGAGGACAGCGACGACGACGACGCGCGCUUGCAUCACAGACGGACCGGUAGCAGCGGCCGCAGUAGCACUGCGAGCCGUCGUGGCCCGGGAUACCGAUCAUCCGGCGGCGGGCGCAGAUGGAGCCCCGGAGAUACGCCCGAGAGGAGUGGUAGCAUGGUCGAGGACGUACCGGAGGACGCCACGCUGGGCGACAACGCGAGUGGUAGGGCCAUGACGACGGGCUCAGGGAGCAGCGCUGAGCGGGCGGACAAUGUCGGCGAGCUGGGCAAUACUGCGGCGGCGAGAUUGGCGAGCAACUCACUAAUGCAUUCGACCGUCACCCGCGAGAAGAGCGUCAAGGGCGCCGAUGACCUACGCAGGAGGGGCAGCGUCGACGAGCGCACCACCACGCUCACCGGAGGCCGUCUUUACAUCGCUAACCCCGAUUUGUGA